AUGACUCAGACUAAGCGAAAUCCGUUCCGCAGAGCCCCAGAUACAUUCCACAUGUUCAAAUAUCUCCCUUAUGACUUGAGGCACGAAAUCUAUAUCCUCGCUACCCCUCGUCGGGUCGUUCGUGUGGAAGAAGGGCCAGUUAAUCCCAAGGAGAAGCGGGCUUGGGCCGAGCAAAAUCACGAGAGUUAUUUCGACUAUGCAUUCGAAAAGUUCUACAAACAGAUGCUAGUUAAAAUGCCACUUCUCAAGCUCCACCCUGAUCUGGUAGCAUUCGCUCAUAACUGGCGACACAGAAUUCCAUGGGAAUCACAUAACCACCAGUACAAGCAGACACGUUUAGAAUCUUACGGCUUCACUUCAAGUCAGCCUCUUUACGAACCUUGGAAGCCGUCAGAGAAAACACCACGCAUCCCGACCGACUGGCUUGUAGACUAUCCUGAGCUCGCAUUCGAAUUGACCCGCGAGUCUUCUCUGUACAGCGAUGCCGAGAUACCUGCGUUCUUACAUGUAUGCUCAGAAUCACGACAAGUGCUGGUCAACUGGGGCUACCGGCUCUUCUUCGCGACUCGAACAACAGGCCCAAGAACUUGGUUUCAUCCUGGCCAAGAUCGUCUCUACAUCCCUUACACAAUGGAAGCCUUUCCGAGAACAUAUGACAGCGACUACGGAUCUGACCUUCCGGGGGAAGCUCGCACGCCAUAUCCGUGUCCUGAGCCUGGGUUACUACUCUCGGGCUGUCACUGGGAUAUAGGUCAAUACCGCGUGGAUGACUUGAAGCAAGUCAAGAGCGUCAUCCUCGAAAGCCCCUCAAGAGUGAAGGAUGAGGAAAAGCUGGCCGGGGACCUCCAGUCUAUCCUUCCACUCCUUUCGGGUCUCAAUGAGAUUUUGCUUGAGACCUGGGGACUGGAAGACUUUUGGGAUUGGUUUAAUCCAUUCCGUGGUUCGCACGAUGUGGAAGCCAAGACACCUGCCAGCUCCGUGGCUUGCAUCCCUGUUGAGGAUAUCGAUGCUAUCGGAUAUGCCUUCUGGGAACGUUCCCGACCAAACGAUGAUAACAGACUCGGACCACUAUCCUACACCGGAUACCGCAACAGCGAGUUCAACGUUUAUCUGGAAAAUCCGUCUCGAUCUAAAUCGUACCAUGUGGCGCACGCCGAGGCAGUCAAGGCUAGACUUCUUCAAUGGAAGUCCGAACUUGCAACACCCCUAGCUCGGAAACUCCGAGUCCCUAUCAUCCGCCACGUCAACCUCUGCCCCGACUCUUAUUCAGAGGUCUACAUGGCCAACCGACACAGGUUCUGGGAAGCCAUCACGUCUCUUCACCACAUGCAAGUACAGGAUUUGGACUUUCGAGAAAAGUUCUCGUUGCAGAUGAGCGAUUGUCCACCCCCUUUCAGGAUUAACUGGCGUCAAUUGGACUGGGAUAGCGACUGGCCAGACACAGUUCAGAUGUCCCGAUUGACACAUGCGUUGGCUAUCGAUUGGUAUCCGGAGGGCACACUCCAGGCUUGGUAUUUGCGGGGGUUUGAGAUUCCGGAGCCGCGGUGUAUUGAAUUGUAA